AGUUAUUACAAACAUUUCUUCUUGCUUGGAGUAUUUUUCGUCCGCUUUGUUGACGUUUUGCACGCAGUCUUUCGCCCUUCGCCAUCCCAGCAUGCACUGCGAGGCCUGCAGUAUAUUGUUGACAAAGAAAAAAGGGCUAGUGAGGAACAAGAGCAGGGUGGUGGGAACAGAAGCGCAAACCCCGGUGAUAGCACUGACGUUACACCAACCCGUGUGCUGACAACAAGUGCCACGUCAUGUCCCUGAGGCGAUGAGAGCGGGAAGUGUCAUUUCCACCUAAAGGGAGUUUACACAGCUUGAUAGUUUGUGGAGAGAGAGGUGGGGGGGCCCAGGCAGACCGUGGACGGGGAAGGGGAAGAGCUCAGCUGGAGCCAAUGCAGCAGCAGCAUCGACAGCCUGAGCUGGUGGAAGGAAGCCUUCCUGUGUUCGUGUUCCCCACUGAGCUCAUCUUCUACGCAGAUGAGCAGACGUCUCACAAGCAGGUGCUCACCCUCUACAACCCCUAUGAGUUCGCCCUCAAAUUUAAAGUGCUGUGCACAGCGCCAAACAAGUACACUGUGGUGGAUGCCACCGGAGCCGUCAAGCCACAGUGUUGUGUUGACAUAGUGAUCCGACACAGAGAUGUGCGUGCAUGCCAUUAUGGGGUGUACGACAAGUUCCGACUGCAGGUGUCUGAGCAGAGUCAGCGGAAAGCUCUGGGUCGCAAAGAGGUGACGGCCACGCUCCGUCCAUCAGCCUCACAGGAGCCGCCCAGCCCCCGGCCCCAAGAUGAGGAACGCAAAGUCAAAGAGCAGUUUGCAGACAGCGAGUUUUUUGAGCAGACUGCAUUUCAGACAGGUCUUCUCACGAUGGUCAUCUUACGUACAUGAAGUGCUGUAAGGUGAGAGGAGGGGAAAUCUAAAGACGGAGAGAACAUCCUCACACCAGAGGCACUGCUACGCUUCAAUGAGUACAGCUGACAGCAGGGGGGCGGGGGUACUUAUUCAGUUCACCCUGUCCCCUGAAAAAUACAUUUUAGUAUACUUGUUUUUAAAUCCACAUAUUUGUUACAUACGUAAACUGACAGAAUACUGAACUGACACAAACAGCAGAGACCUCCCAGUGUGUAGGUCAAAGGAAUGGUAGUGUGAGAGGAGCUGUCCCUGAGCAGGGCCUGUGAAGAAACGGGAGGCCACUCAAAGUGUUGUCGGACCUCAUAUUCCCCAUGUCUGUAUUUCUAUUGCCAUUAUGUAACUGAAUAUGAUUAACUUGAGUGUGAAGGAAUCUACAUGCAAACAUGUAUUUAAAGCCAUUAAAAAUUUUGUUAUGGUAUUCACCUGUAACCAUUAUUAUAUUGAUGUUUUAAAGCAUUUAUAUUGUAGACGCCGAGGACUAAAUGCAGUUAUUUGCAUGUGUGGAUGAGUUUUUAUUUUUCCAGCAGUAAGAUGAUUUUACAUGUCCUCAAAGGAAAGAUGAUCUUUUGAAGAUAAUGGUUUGUUCGCAGUACUAUAUCAAUGCUCCAUCAAACGAUUAAUAAAGUCUCAAUACAGCUGUCUGGUAUAAAAUAGAUUAAGCUAUUUUCUGUACUUUACGAGUUGGGUUAGGAGGGUGUAGAGCACAUAACUUGACAAUAAGGCCACGGUUAGCUUUGUAACGAUUGUUACUAAGCUCCUUUGGAAGUGUAUGUUAUGUUAUCAGGUUUGACAACUCAAAACUUGAUUUGCCACUGCUUGCACCAUUUGGUGCCAGAGCAGUAAAUAAUGUUUAGGAAUGACACUAUCCUACUGUGGCCCUGGGUGCUGUGUUGACAUUAAAUUAGUAUUGCAGGCAAGACUACUCUCGGAAUAUUCAAAACACCUACACACAAAAGUAUUGAUUUGGUCCUGAUGUUUGCAAUCACAAAAGAUAAGCAUAGGCAAAUUGUGAGCCAUCUUGCGUAUUACAGCCUUUCCAUUCCAGUCAACAGUAUAAGAUUGUUUACUAAAUGCAUGUCCUGAACACUCCAUGAGAUGACUGAAAAAGAAAAAAAUCCUGACAGUAGGGAACGCCGACUGCUUUCUCCAUUUUCUUAUUUUUAUAAAAGGAAAAAGACAUUUUGUUUAAAAAAAAAAAAAAACUUUUUUUAAAUUAAAGGGCACACUUCCAGAUUUACAAUCACUUCCUUUUGUAAAUACAUAUUAGAAGUUACAGGGACAUGAAGGGGUUCAGAUGUAGAAGUUACACAAGGAAUAUGGACACUAGGGUGAUGACAGUUGAACGCAAAUUUAGGUGCAAAAAAAA